CAAGAUGAUACAUGAACAAGUAGUGGGGCCUAGUGGGACCAACAAACACAAGAACAUGUUUUAAAGGUGUGGUUUGGUUGGUUCAACUUUGAUCUUCUUCAAGUUUCAAUCUUUUUCUUUAAACACUAAUUGGCUCAUUUCAGAUCUUUCACUUCAUUCAUUCAGGAUCAAAUUAAGGAAUGCCAAGAAGAUAAUGGGGAAGAAGGGAAAUUGGUUUUCUACAGUGAAGAAAGCUCUCAGCCCUGACUCAAAGAAAUCAAGUAAAUCAAAAAAGAAAUGGUUUGGGAAGCAAAAAUUGCAGACUUCAGACCCCUCUGUAGAAAUAGAUACAGCACUGCCUCUUCCUCCGCCAGAAGAUAUUAAAUUAACUGAUAUUGAAAAUCAAAACAAUCACCAUAAUGUUGCUGAAAUUACAACUGUGGUGGAUGUCGAGGAACCUGUUCGUUCUGUUCAGACAGCAGUUGUUAAGACUCAAGCUGCUACUGUUUCUCGUUUUGCUGGUAAACCAAAGGAUGAAGUGGCAGCAAUCAAGAUUCAAACAGCUUUUCGAGGAUACUUGGCAAGAAGAGCAUUGCGGGCUUUAAGAGGGCUGGUCAGAUUGAAAACAUUGAUGGAAGGGCCGGCUGUAAAACGUCAAGCCAUGAGUACCCUCCGCUCAAUGCAGACGUUAGCUCGUGUGCAAUCUCAGAUUCGUUCUAGGAGGGUCAGAAUGUUAGAGGAGAAUCAGGCUUUGCAGAGACAGCUCUUACAGAAGCAUGCAAAGGAGCUUGAAACCAUGCGGAUUGGGGAGGAAUGGGAUGAUAGCCUACAAUCAAAAGAACAAAUUGAAGCCAAAUUACUGAGCAAGUAUGAGGCUACUAUGCGAAGAGAAAGAGCACUAGCUUAUGCAUUCACUCAUCAGCAAAACUCGAAGAACUCGUCUAGAUCUAUGAAUCCAAUGUUUGUGGAUCCAACCAAUCCUACUUGGGGGUGGAGCUGGAUAGAACGAUGGAUGGCUGCCCGACCUUGGGAGAGCCGUGGCCUUGUUGAUAAAGAACUAAAUGAUCAUUCAUCUGUUAAAAGUUCGAGCCGCAGCAUUAUAGGUGGAGAAAUCAGCAAAUCAUUUGCCCGUUUCCAGCUCAACUCUGAAAUACAUUCUCCAGUAGCGAGCCAAAAUCCUGGCUCACCCAGCUUUCAGUCCAAUUCAACUCCUACUAAGCCGGCUUCUGCUUCAGUUGCCAGGAAACUGAAGAAGGCAAGUCCAAAGGGAAGCUGGGUUAUGGAUGAUGAUUCCAAAAGCAUGGCAAGUGUACAGUCAGAUCGGUUCCGCAGGCACUCUAUUGCCGGGUCAUCAGUUAGAGAUGAUGAAAGUCUUGCUAGCUCUCCAUCAGUUCCAAGUUAUAUGGUGCCGACUCAAUCUGCGAAAGCUAGGUUGAGGACACAAAGUCAAAGUCCAUUAGCAAAGGAAAAUGGCAAACAAGAAAAAGGAUCCUUUGGAACUGCAAAAAAGCGCCUUUCUUUCCCGGCUUCGCCUGCGAGGCCAAGGCGUCAUUCAGGUCCACCGAAGGUAGAAACCGCUAUAAAUGCAGAGUUACCUGUGCCCAAUGGUGUGGCCAGUUGAUUAUAUAGUAAUCAGAGUGAAAGGACAGAAAUCAUUAAAGUAGGAUUGAAGAUAUCACUGAAGAAAUAAAAACAAAAGUUCAUUUACAUUGAGUGUUCUUUUUUAUUUAUUUACUUGUCCUAUUUUUUAUGUGUAUCCAAACAUUUCAUUAAUACUUUUGAUUUGGGGUGAAAUUUGUUUUACUUACCAUAUUAAUUAAUUUGUAUUUUCAUUUACAUUCUUUACCAUUGACCUUGAGGGGAAGAAAUUUGGUUCAUGUUGAUCUUGUGACAGAAGGAUGAAUCUGCUGUAAGAAUCCUUCCUGCGCUUUACCAACAAGGAGGAAUAUGAUUCUGCUGCUUAAAGUUCCUUUUUCUUUUUUGUUCAUAAACUGAAAUUUGAAACUCUUGAUUCUAAA